GCUUAAGGCUCUGCGGCCACAGUCCUCGUCCUCAAGAGACAUAGGUCCAGCACCAUGAAGGGCUUCCUCUUUGCUGGUAUCAUCGUCAUGCUCACGGUUGCAGCUGUAGAAUCCUUGAGUUGUGUGCAGUGUAAUUCGUUGACAGACUCCUGUGUUGACAGAAAUGCCACUGAGUGUCCCGCAAAUGCCAGUAUCAGCUGUACCACUUUCUUGACGAACUUUUCUCUAGGAGAACACAUCACAAUGUACGAGGAUAAGGCCUGCUCUGCGGAUAAUUGCAGCGAGGGCGUGGUCGAGACCUUCACAGUCCACGUAUCUGCUAAUGAAAGCUUCCAUUUUGCAAGCCAGUGUUGCCAAGGAAAGGCAUGCAAUGACAACAAUGACACCAUAGAUCCCCCACAGGAAGAGGUGUCCAGCAACACAGAGUGCCUUGCAUGUUAUGGAUCUAAUGAAACUUCCUGUAACGGGGCAACCCGGAAAUGUUAUAAAGAAGAAAGAUGUGUCAAUCUAAUCGCAGAAUUUAAGAAUGAGACGAAGCUCGUGCUGAAAGGCUGCUCCAAGGUCAGCAACUCCACCUGUGAGUUCCUGGCUACUGGAAAUCGGACGGUUGGAGGAGUCACUUUCCUAAAGUUUCAGUGUGGAGACAGCUCCGUUGCCUCCUCAACACCCACUCCCACUACCCAGACCACCCGUGACACUGGUUCUAAAGUCUUCUUCACACCCUUGACCCUUGCCAGCCUUCUCCUGCUGUGGUUGCUGCUCUGAGAUCUGCACCCUCAAACCCUCCCCUCCUUGUGUAACUGCUCAGUGAGUAGCAGUAGCAGUCACAGCCUUCCAGGUAAUGCCCUGUGAUAGCCACAUUAUUCUUUAUUAUUAAAGCAUUGGUUCACUCAAUGACCAAAUCUGUCCUGAUAUGUUCUGGGCUGGGCUUCCUUCAAGCCACUGUCCAGCACCACUUCCCAGUUACUUGCCUUUGAAAUCCUUGCACCUUUGUGUGUGGGCUCUCAGGACCUCCCUGAUCCCUGUCUAAUUUGCUUCUGAGAAGCAGACCCUUCCACCUUGCUGGCAUCUUUUGCUUACAGCCCUGCACUUCUGGGGAUCAACAUGCCACUGUCCCCAUCCUCACACUCGGGGGGGGGGGCCCAGCCAUAAUGCCCUGUUUUGACCCCAGCACUGAUAUUUGGCUCUUCAGCAAUUGUACUGGCUGUAGUCUCAGGCCCACAGUGACAUUGUCUAGGACACUGUCACCACGAGACCCAAAGGGGGUGCACAGGGGUUGCUGAAAGCUGUCAGAUUCCCCUGCCUAACCUCCCAGGCAGGGGCAUAAUGCUGUCAGUGCCCUGCUGACUAAAUGUCUCUUAGCCUUGUGCAGAAUGGAACAUGGCUACAGAGGCCCAGCCCCUCCUCUCAGAGAACUACGAUCAAAGGCAGGGUCCUCGACUCCAUAGCAGAUACCCAG